GUCCUGCGGCCACUGCAAUCAAUGACCCACGCGCCUACAAUCCUGUGCAGACAUUGAAUGCAGCACUGCCUGGUCACACGAAUCAUGUUGAUACAGGAAUGAGAAAUGAUGUACAAUUGACGGGACCGAACAUGGACCCUCCUAACGAAUGCGCCCAGUCGGCGAUUGACGACUUCCUGCAGUAUCUGAUGAAUCUGAAGCCCACCCCCUCGCUUCACUGCUUUGAACAUGGGUGCAAUGGGCGCCGGUUCUCGACCCGCACGAAUUAUAUACGACACCUAAAGGAACAGAGUGGCAGCGGGAAGCUCUUUCGCUGUCCUACCUGUGCGCAAUCGUUCACCCGGUCCACGGCCAAAAAUAUCCACGUGAGCUAGAAGCGAUGCAGACGAUAUCGAGACUUCCAAGCCACGAUGGGUGCUUUCGCGGCAACACUGUAGCACAGCUUUCUCUGUUCGCGAUUCCUCCAUUCGAUCAUUGAACGACAAACAACGUGUUUUGGGUUAUACAAGCCCGUC